AUGGGCGUUGUAGGGAGCGAUGUUGCGGUGGUGGACAGGGAGGUUGUAGGAGACGAUGACGAUGGGCAAGGAGAGAAGGAGGGAGAAGAUGUAAGCGAGGGGAGGAGGAGGGAGGAGGACGAAGAAGAUGAAGGGAUGGAGGAGGAGGAGGAGGAGGAGGAGAAGGAGGAGGAGAAGGAGGAGGAGGAGGACAAAACCAACUGGUUCUAUUCUGUGUUUGGAUUCCAAGAGCCUGAAGAAUACGACGAUGUGAAGAGCAACUUCUACCUCAAGGCUCCAGACGCCCUUGUGAGCAGAGGUAACGGGCGAGAGUUCAAGAUCGGCACGUUCGAGACUCCCUCUUUGCUCGAGCUCUCUUCACGUGCUCGGAGGCUCCUGGAGCUGAAGCCUGAAGGAUUUCUGCGAGGGAAGCUGAGAGUCUCGUUUGUGUUUGGAGAUGUAUCCAACAUCCUCGCUUCAAGCAAGUAUCGCUACUCCACCUUUCAGCACCGAUCCUGGGAGGCGACUGGGGCUGACGUGGCUUGCAAGCUAACGGGGUACGUCUUCGAUCGCACGCAAGGCCCUGCGUGCGCCAUCGCCUGUGCUCCAGCAGCUGUCUAUCGGAACUACUUCGCUCCCGUCUACGAGGACGGGAAAGUCGUACAGCACGGGCAGACCUCGGACCGCAUGAUUAACAACCUGGACGAUUUCAUUAAGAAGCUUAAAGUGGAGCUGCCGGAUCGCAAGCACAUCCGGAAGGCCACACAGUGCCUUGGAGCAGGGCUGGAGGAGCUCCUCAGCUCCGUUAAGGUCACCGCUCGCUGCCAGGCUCGCUGCCAUCGAGACUGCGCCCCUGACGAGUGGGAGCUGAUCGCCAAGCGGAUUCUCGACGUCUCUUACGAAGCAUGCUUCUGGGCAGCGGUGGAGUCAAGUUGCUUGCAGGAGGGACAAGAUGGGUCCUGUUGCCUAGUCCUCACAAUCCUGGGGGGAGGAGCCUUUGGCAACGACAUGUCAUGGAUUGUAGAUGCGAUAGGGAAGUGUUUGAACAAGUUUCAAGGGUACAAGCUCGAUGUCAAGAUUAACAUGUGA